AUGCUGAUGGCACUGAAAGGCCGCAGACUCGCACUGCUGGCCGCCUUCGUUCUUGUUUCCGGUCUUCUGAUCUUCUCGCAAUCCCUUUACCCGGAGAAGCUGAGCUGGUCCGACAUAUCAGCUUCGCUUCCCACCGGAAGCAAGUCCUCCGUGCCAUCUACCAAGGGCAGCAAACCCGGCUCCGAGGGCGUCGGCCGCUUCCACUUUCUCAUCGCCGCCAGUGCCCCAAACUUGCAGUUCUGCCGCGCCCUCGUUUCGUCGACCGUCAACCGCUUUGGUGCGCCCGUCAUUGCCGGAUGGAACGGCACCGGAGACAACGACGCAGCUAUCUCCCACUUGGCCAAGAUCCGCGUCGUUGCCAAGUACCUUGAGGAGCUGCCCGAAUCGAGCGACGAUGACCUGUUCCUUAUGAUCGACGGCUAUGACGUCCUCCUCCAGUUCGGCCCCGACGUUUUGAUCGACCGUUACUUCAAGGCUGCCGAACAAGAGGACGAGCGCAUCAUCCAACAACUCGGACCACAAAAGGCUGAGACCCUCGCCGGUCCCCUCGGCCGACACAUCUUCUUCGGCGCCGACAAGGUCUGCUGGCCUGUGGACUGGCGACGCCCAGCAUGCUGGGCUGUGCCUCCCGUCCCCAAGAUGGACGGCCGAGAGUUCGGGCCUUAUACUAACACGGAGGACAUGGCCUUCAACCAUCCGAGAUGGCUCAACAGCGGUACCAUUAUGGGCCCGAUCAAGGAGGUCCGCGACAUGUUCCGGGCCACCCUCGACCUCAUCAACGAAGUCUACGAUCCCGAGUACGAGUUUAGAGAAAGCGACCAGUUCUAUAUGAGCGACGUCUGGGGUCUGCAGGAGCUUGAACGGAUCGAGAUGCAAAAGGACGAAAACCCCGACGCCGUUGUCAUGCAACCUCCGGAGGACGGCUGGGUCCCCAGCCUGGAACCCGCUUACAGCUACAACUUCCACAUCGCCAUGGACUACUGGAGUCUGAUGUUCCAGACAUGGGCUGGCUACACGGAGUGGGUGGACUGGCGCAAGUUCGUCGGGCCCCUGUACUCGGUCGAGAUUACGCAAAACCACCGCAACAACUCCGACUUUGUCCCUUGGAACCUGCAAAUGCAGGCGGACGGCAUGAAGUCAUUGAAGCGCAUCUUCAACACGACGUCAGAUGAGACUAUGGGCGCGACGGUGAACGAGCUGAUCCGCAAGUCCGAGUUUGGAGCCAACAUUAUCACCAAGCAGACGUUCCCCCUGCUGCACGUUACCGGAGAGAAGGGAGCCUUGGAUGCCUUCUGGCCUCGCAUGUGGUUCUUCCCUUACGGACGAUCGCUGAUCCGCUCUGCCAUCAAAUGGUUUCAAGCCGAGCAGCACUAUGCGCCCGAACCGAUCAACAACCGAGUGUGGUACCCCGCGCACUCAUAUCCCAAGGACAUCAGGGAGAGCGACGCCGGUGCCUGGUCAGACGCUAGCAACGACAAUGCAACCGUUUACUGGUUGGGCUUCGACGAGCUCUGCGCAGAGCAUCACGGCAUCCUAUUUGGGGAAGAGUAA